CUUGCUCUCUGAAAGAAAGUCUUUGUUUCUCUUCCAUCUUUUCUUUUUGCCUGCUCAUACAUUUUUUUGGCAUAGCACAUCUACUUUCGGCUUCUAAACUGAGCUGUUUCACAGGUUAACCUUUCUUGGCUUUAGCACUCACUUGCAGAAGUGAAGAUAUUUGGUGAUGGCCUCUGUUCCCCUUAGUGCCUGGCAGAUUUGAGCAGCUUUAACAGGCGUCUCUACCAUGACUCUGCACUGCUUGCAGUUUUUUCUCUUGCUUCUGCUUGGUUCAUGGUGGCCAGACUCAGAGCAGCAUGUGGCGGGAGCUGUGAAGGUCAGGGAGCACUAUAUAGCUGCACAGAUCACAAGCUGGACCUACAAACCACAGCCUGAAGAAAAGUCCAGAUUGGAACAUUCAGAUCCUGUAUUUAAGAAAAUUUCUUACAGAGAAUAUGAAGUGGAUUUUAAAAAAGAAAAACCAGCAAAUACAUUUGCAGGACUUCUGGGACCAACCCUGCGUGCUGAAGUGGGAGAUACUUUAGUGGUUCACCUUAAAAAUAUGGCUGACAAGCCAGUCAGUAUUCAUCCUCAAGGCCUAGUUUACAGCAAAAAUGAAGAAGGCUCCCUGUAUGAUGACAGAACAUCACCUGCAGAAAAACGAGAUGAUGCUGUACUUCCAGGCCAGCUCUACACAUAUGUGUGGGAUAUACCAGAAGAAGUUGGUCCAAGAGAAGCUGACCUUCCUUGUCUUACUUAUGCUUAUUAUUCUCAUGAGAACAUGGCAAUGGAUUUUAACUCUGGUCUGAUUGGAGCAUUGCUGAUCUGUAAGAAAGGAAGUCUAAAUGAGGAUGGGUCACAGAAACAUUUUGACAGGGAAUAUGUACUGUUGUUUGGUGUGUUUGAUGAGAACAAGAGUUGGCAAACAUCAGCAUCAGUCAAGUAUACAGUUAAUGGCUAUACUGAUGGAACAUUACCAGAUUUAGAGGCUUGUGCGUAUGACAACAUUAGCUGGCACUUGAUAGGAAUGAGUUCCAAGCCAGAAAUCUUCUCUAUUCACAUCAAUGGCCAGUCCAUGGAGCAAAAACAUCGCCGAGUUUCUGCUGUUAAUUUGGUGGGAGGAGCCACAACCACCGUAAACAUGACAGUGACUGAGGAAGGAAAGUGGCUCAUAUCUUCUCUUGUCCAAAAGCACCUUCAAGCUGGAAUGCACGGUUACCUCACUGUAAGGGACUGUGGGGACAAAGAGGUGAAGAAAAGUCGUCUCUCCUAUAGAGAACGUCUUAUGGUCAAAACCUGGGACUAUUUCAUUGCUGCAGAAGAAGUUACCUGGGAUUAUGCCCCAAGUAUUCCAGACACCCUUGACAGACACUAUAAAUCACAACACUUGGACAACUUCUCCAAUCUCAUAGGUAAAAGGUAUAAAAAGGCUAUUUUUACACAAUAUACUGAUGCCACUUUCACUAAACGUCUGGAAAAUCCUCGUCCCAAGGAAACUGGAAUCUUGGGCCCUAUUAUCAGAGCUCAAAUCAAUGAUAAAGUCAGAAUUGUAUUCAAAAAUAAGGCCAGUCGACCCUACAGUAUUUAUUUCCAUGGAGUGACACUUGCAAAGAAUGCAGAAGGAGCUGAUUAUCCUCUGGAUCCCACAAGCAAUGGCACCCAGAGUAGAGGAGUUGAACCAGGGAACAUGUACACUUAUGAAUGGAAAAUUACUAAAACAGAUCAACCCACUGCAAAGGAUGCACAAUGUAUUACAAGGCUGUAUCACAGUGCUGUAAAUAUUGAGAGAGAUAUAGCCUCUGGACUGAUUGGCCCACUUCUGAUUUGUAAAAGUGAAGCACUGACGCAAAAGGGUGUGCAGAAAAAGGCAGAUGAGGAGCAGCAGGCAGUGUUUGCUGUCUUCGAUGAAAAUAAGAGCUGGUACCUAGAGGAUAACAUCAAGGAGUACUGCAGCAACCCAGCCACUGUUAAAAGGGAUGAUCCCAAGUUCUAUAACUCAAACAUAAUGCACACAAUAAAUGGCUAUGUGUCUGACAGCAGUGAAAUCCUUGGAUUUUGCCGAGAUACUGUGGUUCAGUGGCACUUUUUCAGUGUUGGCACACAUGAUGAGAUUGUCUCUGUUCGCCUUGCUGGACAUUUUUUUCUGUAUCAAGGGAAAUACGAGGAUACAUUGAGCCUUUUCCCAAUGAGCGGAGAAUCUGUUACAGUGGAAAUGGACAAUGGUGGUACUUGGCUUUUGGCAUCCUGGGGCACCCCAGAAAUGAGUUACGGCAUGAGGCUGAGAUUCAGGGAUGCGAAAUGUGACUAUGAGGAAGAUGAAACAUUUGAUUUUGUGGCUUUAAGUCCCACCAAGACUGAAAGAAAGGCUGUUACUACCUCAGCUGAGGAAGUUGUGCAGGAAAAUGAAGAAAACAAGGAGGAAACAGAUUACCAAGAUUAUCUGGCUUCUUUUUACUCCAUCCGAGGCUCAAGAAAGGCAGCAGGUGAUGAAGAAAAACAGAAUCUUACAGCACUGGCCUGGGAGCAGUAUGAAGACACUGAUGCCACGAGUUCUGAGGUGGCAGCUGGCUCAGGUUGGACAGCUAUAAAUAGCAGUGGAACAACAAACAAGUCUAAGUUCUUAGAAACUCAUAUCACUCCUCUUCCCCCAGUCAAGGCUGAAACAUUCCAGUCAAAUCACACAUCAGUCACAGCAGAAAAGGAUUUAUUUUUAGCUUCCACAAGUGAUGGAGAAGCUGACUUGGUAUUUGAUAAUAGAAGCCAAAGCAACUAUGAAAUAGCUCACAAUAACAUGUCUGCAGGUGAACACUUGCUGAGCAAUGGGGAAGGCCCAGUGAAUGUUGCAGAAGAGCUUCCAGCUAGUGGAAAGGACAGUAAACCUUUUCCAGAAAAACAUCAAGAGCAAAGCACAGGAAGAGGAAAUUAUACCACUAACAAGAAAAGGAAAAGGCGAAGCUCACUGGCCAUUAAGUUUUACUCUCUCCAAAAGAUGAAUGCCCUUCUAAAUCAUAUCCGAAAUAAAAAUGUCUCUUGUUCUGACAAGGCUGAUGCACCUCAUUCUGUGCAUCAUACAGAGAACACAUCCAAUGAAGCCAUGAUGGGAACUGGCCAACUGCCAAAUGAAUAUUAUGAUGAUCUGGAAGAGGAGGGAAAGAAGAUGGAAAAUGCCACGCACACAGUUAACUUGACACUGGAUUUGGACCUCAUAGUAGGAGAUGGGUCCAAUGCAUCCAGCCUUUCUGAACCCAGGAUAUCCAAAGAUAAACCAGCAGAUGUUUUUUCUUUAGAAUACAUGUUAGACAAUACAAGCCCUAAUUCCAGCCCUGCUGUAGUAAAGAACUUAGUAGAAACAUCAUUGCCCGGGGCUGGGAAAUAUUCAUCUAAAAUGACUAGUGAGGAAUGGAAUUUGGUGUCUGCAAAGAUAAUUCCAGGAUUAGAGGCAAGCUUAGAUAAAUCUGCUGGUGGUAAGUUAAAUCAUCAUGGCAGAAAUGGUACAGCAUCCAUAAAUAAGGAGGAUAUGAAGAAGUAUCAAAGGUUCUCACAUCUAAUGGGGGAAAACCAGAAAGGGAGCCACAUUCACCUAACUCAGAAGGGAAAGGAGGGAAACAACAAUACCUUGACUUUCAUCAAGAUCCGAAGGAGAAAGAAGGAAGACGCAAAAAUUACCUACUUGCUAAGCCCACGGAGUAGAAACCCCAAAAAGCCCAGCAAUUCCACGGCAGGGUUUGGCCGUGCGUUGUUUCUGGGUGGGACCAACCACACAGCAGCGCCGUGUCGCACAGUUGCCACCAAGGCAGGCAGUGAGGUCAGCCAGAGGGUGGAUGAGAGCAGAGCCAGGCACGGAGAGUCUCUGGGUGACACCCUUACCCCGCGGCAGUUCAGGCCAUCCAUCACAAUCGGGCUUCCCCGAGCAGACGGAGACUACGAAUAUGUGACAGGAGAAUCCUACAAUGAUGAGAGCUCGGGUGGGGAAUACGAGUACCAUUAUGUGAGCUUUGAUGACCCCUACAUGACAGACCCCAAGGUGAACAUCAGCAGGCAGCGUAACCCCGAUGACAUUGCUGAGCACUACCUGCGCAGCAGAGGCAAUAAGAGGAGAUACUACAUUGCAGCUAAAGAGGUCUGCUGGAACUAUGCAGGAUAUAAGAAAAGUGCAAUGAGGAAUGACAGAACCUGUAAAGAUGGCAGCAGACGUAAGGUGAUUUUCCAGAGCUAUACAGACAGUACCUUUUUGACUCUUCAGGAUGAAGAUGAAUAUACAGAACAUCUUGGCAUCCUGGGACCAGUUAUUCGGGCUGAAGUGGACGAUGUUAUCCUAGUUCAUUUUAAAAAUCUGGCAUCCAGACCAUAUUCUCUCCAUGCCCAUGGAGUCCUCUAUGAAAAGUCCUCUGAGGGAAGCGUUUAUGAUGAUGAAUCUACUGCUUGGUUUAAGGAAGAUGAAGUUCAGCCAAAUAACAGCUACAUAUAUGUAUGGUACGCAAACCGGCGAUCAGGCCCUGUGCAGUCAGGAGCAGCUUGUCGGUCCUGGAUCUACUACUCUGAUUUAAACCUGGAGAAAGACAUUCAGUCUGGUUUGAUAGGGCCAAUACUGAUCUGUGAAAAAGGAGUCUUCAGCAAGUCAAACAGCAGCAGGACAUAUACCCGAGACUUCUUCUUGCUUUUUAUGGUCUUUGAUGAAGAGAAAAGCUGGUAUUUCGACAAACAUUCUGGAAGGCCUUGUAAUGCGAAGACACAAGAAAUGCAGCAAUGUCACAAAUUCUACGCCAUUAAUGGGAUUACCUACAAUUUGCAAGGCUUGAGGAUGUAUGAAGGUGAAACAGUCCGAUGGCACUUGCUGAAUAUGGGUGGCCCAAAAGACAUUCAUGUUGUUCAUUUUCAUGGACAGACUUUCAUAGAACAAGGAGAGCCAGAGCAUCAGCUUGGUACAUACACUCUCCUCCCAGGCUCAUUUAGAACAAUUGAAAUGAAACCACAGAGACCUGGCUGGUGGCUUAUAGACACUGAAGUGGGGGAAUACCAGCAAGCAGGAAUGCAGACAUCCUAUUUGGUUAUAGAGAAAGAGUGCAGGAUUCCAAUGGGCCUGGCAAGUGGGGUUGUACUCGAUUCGCAGAUCGAUGCUUCACAUCACAUAGACUAUUGGGAACCUAAGUUAGCCCGAUUAAAUAAUUAUGGAACAUACAAUGCUUGGAGUACUACAGUGGAGGAAGAACUCCCUUGGAUCCAGGUGGACUUUCAGAGACAAGUUUUGCUCACUGGGAUACAAACACAGGGAGCCAAGCAGUUUUUAAAGUCCUUGUACAUCCAGAAGUAUUUUCUUGUUUACAGCAAAGACAAACGGACAUGGAGCACCUUCAAAGGAGACAGCUCGCCAACAGGAAAGAUUUUUGAAGGUAAUUCCAAUGCCUAUGAGGUAAAAGAGAACAGCAUUGAUCCCCCUAUUAUUGCUAGGUACAUCAGACUCUACCCCACUGAGGUCUACAACAGACCUACUCUUCGCAUGGAGCUUCUGGGCUGUGAAGUAGAUGGUUGCUCUUUGCCACUUGGAAUGGAAAGUGGAGAGAUCAAGAAUACCCAGAUAACAGCCUCAUCUACUAAGACAUCCUGGUUUAACACAUGGGAUGCUUCACUGGCUCGUCUCAAUCAGAAUGGAAAGAUGAAUGCCUGGCGAGCCAAGUUUAACAACAACCAACAGUGGCUGCAAAUUGAUCUCCUCACAGUUAAGAAGAUCACUGCUAUUGCUACGCAGGGGGUCACAUCCAUGUCAGCUGAAAACUUCGUGAAAACCUAUGUUCUUCUGUACAGCAAUGAAGGCUCCGAGUGGAAAUCCUACACAGAGGGUUCAAGCUCAAUGCCAAAGGUUUUCUUGGGUAAUACAAACAGCAAUGGGCACAUGAAGAACUUUUUUAACCCACCCAUCCUGUCCAGGUUCAUCCGCAUUGUUCCAAAAACAUGGUACCGUGGGAUUGCUCUUCGGGUAGAACUCUAUGGCUGUGAUUUUGGUGGGGGUCUGGCUGUGAAAAGGACUGAUGAGUCUGGGAGCUCUUAACCUGCCAGCAGUCAUCGUGCAGAACAACUUGUUUGUUGAGAAGCCCUUAAAGCAGUCACACUUAGUAGUUCGGAUGUGUGCUUUGUCAAAUGAACAUAAUGUUUUACCAGCAGGAUUGAGAGGUUUCUCUGGAAGGUGUUUCAUUCCUACAAAUGUACACUUUAGAAAACAGCUUCUUUUCUCUGGAAGAAAUAGUAGUCCCUUCUGAUUAGUGUUAUCACUUCUUCAUUAUAACCAGUACUCUGUCUUAUUUUUACUUAAUUUUAAGUCCUAAAUCCCUAGGAAUGGAGACUCUGGCCUUGAUCCUGAGCCCUGCCUUAUCUCCAUUUUGUAAUGCUUUUGCAGCAGAUGAGGAAUAGAAAGCUAUAGCAGGUAGAUGGUCUGCAUACAUAAGGCUGAGAGGGAAAACCAGUGCUGAUCUGGAGCUGUGGUGCUGUGUUCCAGCAGUGCCUUGGUGAGAAAUGAUUGUAGGGGUGGCCUCUCCUCCACGUCUUUCACCUACACUGUGGCAAAGGCAGGACAUGUCUCAGCAUUCAGGUAUGUGCAACCCCUUCUCAGAGAAUGUGUGCUGGCAUUGUUGGUUUGGUUCUUGCAUACUCAGCACAAAUGAAUGGUGUGGGUUUCACAGAAUUCAUCUUCAGUGCCCUGGAAAGGGAAAAGGGGAUCAGCAGUGCCUUUCCAUCCCAGAAAUGAGAAGAAAAAUUAUUUAACUUAGCAGGUCGUGGAACAGCAAUGGGAGUACCAAAACAAGAAUUCAGAACUCCUGAUGCUUAGUCCCAUGUACACUUGUAGACUGUUGGUUCAGGGAGCUCCCUUGAUGAGGAAAGCUUUGAGAACUGCAGCUGUUCAGUGACAGUACAGCCUGGUGGUGGCAGAGGAGGAUUAGAUGAAACUGGGUAACAGAAACAGCUUCAUCUUCUCUUACAAUUUAACAGUGUUUUCACUAAUGGAAAUACUCUUGUGCAUAGAUUUUACAUGGAUUUUUCCCAGGAUAACUACAUCUGAAAAUAGAUACACAGUCCAUGAACUCAUUAUUCCAGCAGAAUUUUAGCUAAGCUUUCAGUAGUGUUCUGGACUUCUAUCCUGUAAAUUGUUUAUUUGCAGCACUUCGCUUAUAACACUAGGUACCAUUCAGCAGGCUGGAUUUUUAAAGUAGUUUGUAUUUGAACCUUGGAUGGUGUUAGCCAGUUUUAUUUCAGUAGUUUUUAAUUUCUUUCUCUUACAGAACUUGCAUUUUAAAGAGAAGGUAUAGAACAGGAGUGAAAAAAGUGUAAAAACUAAACAAAUAUUUUCUUCUAUUUUUUUUUUUUUACUAUGUCACAAACUGUUGUAAUUCUGCACUGGAAAAUAAAGCUGAUUUUGUAGCAUGAAA